AUGGCCAAGGCGCGAGCGAGCAAGGCGAGCAACGCGGAUGACGCGAAAUCUGGCUCGCCAGACGCGAAGAAGAAGGCGCUGCAACGCGUGCUGGAUGAGAUUGAUAGUAAUUUCGGCGCGGGCGCGAUCAUGCGCCUGGGCGAGGCUGGCAAGGCGAAAGUGGCGACGUUUCCGUCCGGGGCGCUGACGCUGGACAUGGCGCUCGGUGGUGGACUCCCGAGAGGACGUAUCGUUGAGGUGUAUGGACCAGAGAGCUCGGGGAAGACCACGCUGGCGCUGCACGCGAUGGCGGAGAUGCAGGCGAUCGGCGGUACGGUGGCAAUCAUCGACGCGGAGCACGCGUUCGAUCCGGAGUACUCGGCGAGACUGGGGUUGAACCUGGAUGAUGUCAUCGUGUGUCAGCCAGAAACGGGCGAGAUGGCGCUCGAGGUCGUGGACACGCUCGUGCGAUCGUCGGCUGUUGAUUUGAUCGUCGUGGACUCUGUCGCCGCGCUCGUGCCGCGAAGCGAAAUCGAAGGCGAGAUCGGCAUGGUCCAGGUCGGUGCGCACGCACGAUUGAUGUCUCAGGCGCUGAGAAAGAUUAACGUCAACGCCGCCAAGGCUGGAACGACGAUCAUCUUCUUGAACCAGCUCCGCUCAAAGGUUGGGGUGAUUUACGGAAGCCCGGAGGUGACGACGGGCGGCAAUGCGCUCAAGUACUACGCGAGCGUUCGUCUCGACAUUCGACGCAAGGAGGUCAUCAAGGGUAAGAGCGGCGAGGACGACCUCGGCGUGAGAUGCAAGGUCAAGGUGGCGAAGAACAAGGUGGCACCGCCGUACAAGGUGGCUGAGUUUGACAUGCUUUUCGGCCGCGGAAUCUCCAAGGACGGCUGCCUCCUGGACGCCGGCGAGCAAGUCGGUGUCGUCGACCGCAAGGGUGCUUAUUACUACUACAACGGUGAAAAGCUCGGCCAAGGCCGCGAGAAGACGCUCGCGUUCUUGGACGAAAACCUCCCGGUGAAGGGCACCAUCGAAGCGGAUGUUCGCCGAAAGGUGGCUGAGAAGAUGGCCGGUCUCUCGAACAAGCCCGUCGCCGAGGAAGAGGAAGAGAUUCCCGAUGACGCCUUCUUCGGCGAUGACGAAGAGAUCGUCGCUGCCGAGGCGCGAUAA